CUGAACAAGCUGGAGGAGGCAGCAAAUGCAGCUCACACCUUCUUCAUGGCAAACCCUGAGCACAUGGAGAUACAGCAGGACAUCGAGAACUACAAGACCAUGGCAGGGAAGGUCAGCUUGAUUGACCGGGAGGCCAAGCAGCACAUGGAGGACUACAGUGCCGGGGUAAGGCACUAUGACAAGGAGGAGUACGAGCUGGCCAUUGACUUCUUGGAGCGCGCGCUGAAAGGGUACUACUCUGAGGAUGAAGAUUGCCAGAUCAUGUGUGAGGGACCACAGAGAUUUGAGGAGCAUGAGUACUUGGAAUACAAGGGUGGCCUCUACGAAGCUAUUGCAGAUCACUACAUGCAAGUUCUGGCCUGCAAACACGACUGUGUUCGAGAACUCGCCACGCGUUCAGGCCGUAUCUCACCCAUUGAAAAUUUCCUUCCCCUCCAUUAUGACUACUUGCAGUUUGCCUAUUACAGAGUUGGUGACUACGUAAAAGCCCUGGAGUGUGCCAAGUCCUACCUCCUCUUCCACCCAGACGAUGAAGAUGUCUUGGAGAACGCAGGUUAUUAUGAGGGCCUCUUGGAAGGUACGAUGGAUCCAGACACCAUCAAACCCAGAACGGAAGCAAAAACGCUGCUGCGGCGCCAUAAGCUGGAGUCUCACCUCUUGCAGGUGGCUGCAGCCAGCCUUGGAUACACCUACACAGAGCCGAACUAUUGGAACAGGUACGGCGCCCGCCAAGAUGAGCACAGUGUCCCAUCAAGUAUUAGCAGUGAACCAGAAGAUGGGCCCCGGCUCUCCCUGGCAAAGAAACCCAUGCCAAAACCAGAUCGGGAGUUGAAGGAGGGGGGUCCGCUUCUCUACAGCGACGUGAAGUUCGUGUACAACUCGCAGCAGCUGAAUGGCACCCAGCGAGUACUACUGGAUAACGUCAUCUCGGAGGAGCAGUGCCGAGAGCUUCACAGGGUGGCCAGUGGGAUCAUGUUGGCUGGAGAUGGUUACAGGGGCAAAACCUCCCCUCACACCCCAAACGAGAGAUUUGAAGGAGCCACUGUCCUCAAAGCCCUCAAGUAUGGCUACGAGGGCCGCGUCCCGCUGAAGAGUGCCCGGCUCUUCUAUGACAUCAGUGAGAAGGCUCGCAGGAUCGUCGAGUCCUACUUCAUGCUGAACUCCACGCUCUACUUCUCCUACACCCACCUGGUGUGCCGCACUGCACUCUCUGGCCAGCAGGAGAGGAGGAACGACCUGAGCCACCCCAUCCAUGCUGACAACUGCCUCUUGGACCCGGAGGCCAACGAGUGCUGGAAGGAGCCUCCUGCCUACACCUUUCGGGAUUACAGUGCCCUCCUGUACAUGAACGCGGAUUUUGAAGGUGGAGAGUUCAUUUUCACUGAGAUGGAUGCCAAAACUGUGACGGCCUCCAUCAAGCCCAAGUGUGGGCGAAUGAUCAGCUUCUCGUCAGGCGGUGAGAACCCCCAUGGGGUGAAGGCGGUUACCAAAGGCCAGCGGUGUGCCGUGGCUCUCUGGUUCACCUUGGACCCACUUUACAGAGAGCUGGAGCGAAUCCAGGCAGAUGAAGUGAUUGCGAUGUUGGACCAGGAGCAUCUAGGACCCAGUGAAAUGAAUAUCAACCCAAAGGAUGAGCUAUGAACUAGGCCAAAGACUUUUUCUAUUAAAUAUUUAUUUAAUAUUGUUAAUCUUAUUAGAACCCUUCUAUUUUUGUACAGAGCCACUGUAUAAAUUA